AUAUACAUGUGUUUUUUGUUGUGCUAUUUUCAAAUAGUUUGAUUUUCGUCGUUUAAAUAAUAAAUAAGUCAAUAUCCGUCUGUGGCUCGGCUAAAAAAAACAUCCUUUCGACACUCACACCAAAAAAAACACGUUUGAUCAAUAUUUUACAAAAAAUAAAGAAAUCAAAUUAAUCAAUCAAAGUAACAAGUGCAUACAAAUUGAAAACGUUGACAUAUUUCUUAAAAGAAAAAAAAAAAAAAACAAAUUUGAAAUUUCAAAUAAAUGGUAUUUUAAAAAUAAACUUAAAUUAACAAGGAAUUUGAUAUUUAAAUUUGUAAUAUAUUUAUAAAAUGUCCUCGAUCGAAUCGAAACGUGUGCAAUAUCGUAAAUAUCUCGAAAGAGCUGGUGUUAUAGAUGCUUUAAGUAAAGCUUUAAUAAAGCUUUAUGAAGAACAAAAUAAACCCGAUGAUGCUAUACGUUUUGUAAGAAAAUUUAUGUGUGAAACUUGUCCAGAUGAUGCACAAUUUGAUGCCAUGAAAAAUGAUUUAGAGGCGGCUUUAAAGAAAAUCUCUUUAUUGGAACAGGAUUUGGAAAGAUGUAAAGCUUUAAUUAAAAAAACUCCCGAGGAGGUGGCAGAAUUAUUGGAUAGUGGCUUUAAAGCUUUAACAGAAGAUGAGGAACAUUCUGCUUCACUUUUGCGCAAAUAUUUAACGGCCGAUUUAUUGAGUGAAUAUAAAGCAGUUUUUACGGCAUCUCCUAUAGAAGCCUCUUUAUUGGAUUGUGUUCAGUCGGGCUUUGAACAUCAUGAUUCUUCGUGUGGUGCUUAUGCAGCCGAUCCCGAAUCUUAUGAUGCAUUUAAUAAACUAUUCGAUCCCAUUAUACGUGACUAUCAUGGUCAAUUGGAAAAUGAAAAGGAACAAUUACAACCGGAUACUGAUUUUGGCAAUGUAGAUGAUAUAGAAAAUCUAGAUCCUGAAAAGAAAUAUAUAAGUUCAACUCGCAUACGUAUUGCUCGUAAUAUCGAAGGAUUUCCAUAUUUUCCCAAACUCACAGAGAAACAAUUCAUCGAGGUGGAGGAAAAAGUUAAAUCAGCUGUUGAAUCGUUUGAUGGUGAAUUGGCGGGAGCUUAUUUUAGCAUGAAAGAUAUAAGUGCUGAGACACAAGCGGAAAUGGUAAAGCGUCAUAUUCUCUUUAAGAAAGGUGAUGAGUAUCUUCAAGAUGCUGGCUGUUAUCGCUUUUGGCCUAUAGGUCGUGGUAUUUUUCAUAAUCCAGCUGAGACGUUUUUGGUGUGGGUCAAUGAGGAGGAUCAUUUGAGAAUAAUAUCAAUGGCAAAGUGUGGGGAUUUGGGCGACGUUUACAGCCGCUUAGUUAAAGCUCUACAGGAACUCGAAAAGAAUCUUGUUUUCGGACGUCAUGCCCGUUACGGCAACCUUACAGCUUGCCCCACAAAUUUGGGCACCACACUGAGAGCUUCGGUGCAUAUACGAUUACCCCUAUUGGCACAAGACACUGAACGUCUAAGGACCAUGGCUAAAGAUUUAAAUUUACAAAUACGUGGCACUGGUGGUGAACAUACGGCCAUAGAGGAUGGUAUUAUGGAUAUAUCCAAUUGUAAACGUUUGGGUAUUACCGAAUAUGAACUUGUCAAGUCGUUGCAAGAGGGCAUUAUAAGUCUUAUUAAAGCAGAAGAGGAAUUAGAGGCGAAAAAAUGAAAAGAAAUGGAAGGACGGAAAAAGGAAGUGGCUUUUAAUUAAUGGUAUUUUUAGUGGUGUUUUUUGUUUUAUUCGAGAAAGAAAUUUAAAUAUAUAAACAACAAGUUUU